UGUCAGUGAUAUCGAGAGCUCUCAGUACGUGAAUAUCGAAGCAUUAUUCAGAGCCAGCCUGGCAUAAACCUUUCAAUGAAUGGUCGUGUUGUUCACAGAAUGAAUACGCCUGGUGGAAUAGCAUUUGGUGUGUGCUGUGUCGGAAAGGGUUUGUUGUGGAUGAUGUCACAUUCUGUUCAACAUCAGUGGCAAUUCGAAGCCCGGAACAACACCAGUAAGCUAACUGGUUGUUCUGUAUGCCUUAGAGUAACCAGUAGUGCCAGUACUCAAGGAUUGUGAAUCAUUAUUGCUGAAUUGGCUUCUUUUCUCCUGGAAGAUUACAGAUAGCAUAUGCUGUGGAACCAGGAAGUCUGACCAAGCUAGAUAUUUCCCUUCAACAUGGAUUGGUCAUCAGUAAUUAGAGUUAUGACAUACAAUCCACUGAGGGCAGUACUGCUUCUGUGCCUGAUCAUCUGCUUCGUCUGCGGCCUAAGUCCGACGCAUGUGACCUGGACGGGGAAUAGGACAACAUGCUUGGAUCGACCAUGUUACCUUCCUCAACAAUGCAAGGAGGAACCGGAACAAAACGCCACGUGCACCUGCGGGGCUGACUUCACGGGUGAUCGAUGUGAUGUCAUUAAACUGAAACAUAUCCUAAAUUGGAACAUUACUACCGAAGACGUAGCCUUCACUUGGAAAGACCCGAUCAUCCUGGUAAACUAUCGUGCAGCGUUAUACAAAAAAUACGUCAAGAAACCCCCCAAAGUAAUAAAAUAUUACGACAUUCCGAAUGGAAAUCACACCAAUCUGACAUUCGGUGGCCUCGAGGUUUUCACGACCUAUGUCGUCUGUAUCGUGAGAGUGGACGAGAUUGAGCCAUUAUGGAACGAGAGUACGUUCACUGUGACCUUAGGCAAGGACAGAGAGUGUUGUUUCUCCUUCACGACAAGUUACAAUGGCCGCUCGCCCGAGACUAUUGCGGCCAUUACGAUGGGGAUCACGGUGGGGUCUAUCACUGGCAUACUGUUCCUUGUAGGAGUGAUCAGGGCAUGCAUGGCAAACAAGAGAGAGAAAGAGAAGCCACCAUCGCAGCCGCCAUCAAGGACAUCGUCAAAACGAGGCAGCAAGCGGUCUGUUCGGCCUCGUUCUGGAUCCGUCAAAAAGACUGCAUGGAAAUAUGAGGGCACGACGCCUCUCGGUACUCCUCGGGCCAGUAGGGAGAAAUUGGAUACAUCCGAGUUCGGCUCAUGCGAAAGUGUUGCGAGUGUUGCGGGUAUUUCCGUGACUGUUCUGGAUGAAUCGGGUCGAACUUUGGAGGUGGACUUGAGUCAAGUGGACGCGGAUGAUCAGGCCGUCCCAACGUGAGGCAAAAAAUGGAAGCCUGACUUUCUUACGGACUGUGUGAAUAGUUAAACUGUGAUAUGAUUAAGAGCGAACAGUAUAUGUAGGGCAUCUCUACUCGACCGCAUUCACCCUUACAGAAAACAUCUUAUUGCUUCUAGAGUUCAGUUGUAUAGGUUGUUUAUUUCUCAUCUUUAUAACGUUUUGAAAUAUAAUGACAUGGCCAAUCUUUUGAAGAAUUUAUUGCACUUUCAUUUCUUUAUUAAAAUGUCGACAAUUGAAAUUGCUUCCUCA